GGCUGCCUGUUGUCCGUAAUAGCAGCACUGACACUAUGGCAGUAUUCAGCUAGUGGCUGUGAGGAGGGAAGAGAAGCAAGGAGGGAUGUAAUGCUUCUGUUACUCAGAAUUUUCUGAUGGCGUAUUUUAUCUGAUUGCCAAAUGUUUCAGCUAAUCAGCAAGAAGUGUAAAUAUGAGUCUUUUUAUAGCUAGCUGAAUUCAUCAUCCAGAUUGAAAUAUAACCCUGACUGCUGCUAAAACUGGAUGUUUCCAUGCACUGCCCAAAUCCAGUUCAGUUCAAACCCAGGUGUGCUUCUGUUCAGUACCCUUCUCUCCACAUAAGGCUCAGCAUCCCCUUCACCACAGUGGAGAAACUCCCUUUCAGUGCCAGGGGAUGGCCAGAGAUUGUCUCCCAGGGAAUCUCAGUGGAUGUUGAAUGUGGAAUGAGGAUACUCACAUGCAGCAGGAUGAAGUUAUUGCUGUUUCAGAAAAAGUUACUGUGAAGCUUGAGGACUUGGCAAAAUGGGCACAGUCCGAUUUCUCCAAGUGGAAGUGUGGUUUCCGGGCUGAGCCGGUCCAGCCCAUGGAUGUGGGGAAGAAUGGGCAGAAAGAGGCCUUGACAAGAUACAGACAAUCCACACUGAACAGUGGCUUGAACUUCAAAGAUAUUCUGAAGGAAAAGGCUGACCUUGGUGAGGAUGAUGAAGAUUCAAACCUUUUAAUUCUCAGCUACCCACAAUAUUGUCGAUACCGUUCCAUGUUAAAGCGCAUUCAGGACAAGCCCUCUUCAAUACUAACAGACCAGUUUGUUUUAGCCCUUGGAGGCAUUGCAGUAACAAGCAAGAACCCCCAAAUCUUCUAUUGUCGGGAUACAUUUGAUCAUCCUACCCUAAUAGAAAAUGAAAGUAUAUGUGAUGAGUUUGCGCCAAAUCUUAAAGGCAGACCACGCAAAAAGAAGCCGUGCCCACAGAGAAGAGAUUCAUUAAAUGGCAUUAAGGAUUCCAGCAAUAAUUCUGAAAGCAAAGCUGUUGCCAAGGUAAAAUGUGAGGCUAAGUCAGCUUUACCUAAACCCAAGAGUAACAACAGCAACUGUAAGAAAGGCUCAAGUGAGGAUAAAUCAAAGAUUGCCAUAGGUGAAGAAUGCAGAGCUGAUGAGCAGGCUUUCCUUGUGGCUCUUUAUAAGUAUAUGAAAGAAAGGAAAACACCAAUUGAACGAAUACCCUAUUUAGGUUUUAAGCAGAUUAACCUUUGGACUAUGUUUCAAGCUGCUCAAAAACUGGGAGGAUAUGAAACAAUAACAGCCCGUCGACAAUGGAAACAUAUUUAUGAUGAAUUAGGUGGUAAUCCUGGAAGCACAAGUGCUGCUACAUGUACUCGCAGACAUUAUGAAAGAUUAAUCCUGCCAUAUGAAAGAUUUAUUAAAGGAGAGGAAGAUAAGCCGCUGCCUCCAGUGAAACCUCGAAAACAGGAUAACAGUUCCCAGGAGGGUGAAGCAAAAACAAAAGUGUCUGGAGCAAAACGCAUCAAAAAUGAAAACCAAAAGAGCAAGAAGGAAAAAGAUAAUUCACAGAAACCCCAAGAUGCAUCUGAGGUUUCAUCAGAACAAGAGAAGGAUCAAGAAUCGGCAGACCAGAAGAACUUCCCUGAACACCCUACAGCUGGAGAGAUGAAACACCCUGUGCAAGUCCCUCCAUCUCUUUUACCAGAGACAGCUCAGACACUGCCUCCAGAGAAGACAGACAUGACAGAGAACAGCACCAACAGUGAGAAAGCCAAGAAGGAGGUUCAGCACUCAUCCUCUUUCUCGAGUAUAUCCAUGCCUGCAGAAGAAGACACUGUGCUGGAUGCCACUGUUGGAAAACGAUUACACCCCCCAGCAGAUGCCCUGGAAGACACAAAGCCUGAACAAAGACUACACAAAGCUUUUACUGACAGCCUAGAAAGUGAACCUCCAGAAAUGUCCUUUACAGCUUUCCCAGUCCAUCUGCCCACUCAGAGCGACAUGGAAGAUGAGAAACUGCCAGGGAUGGCCGAUUACAUCGCAAACUGCACGGUGAAAGUAGACCAGCUGGGAAAUGAAGAUAUCCACAAUGCACUAAAACAAACGCCUAAAGUCCUGGUGGUGCAGAACUUCGACAUGUUUAAGGAAAAGGAGCUGUCUGGGUCCAUGAACGAUGACUCCACUUUCAGUUACACACCGCUACUGUACUCAAAAGGUAAUCCAGGCAUCAUGUCACCCCUGGCAAAGAAGAAACUGCUGUCUCAGGUCAGCGGGGCCACACUCUCUUGUAACUAUCCUUAUGGUUCUCCUCCACCUUUGAUCAGCAAAAAGAAACUCAGCAGCAGAGAUGAAUUGUCCUCAGGCGUAUCUCAAGGUCCCCUUGCCCAUAAUACUGAUCCUGUAGCAAUUAAUAGGCCCUCAGUCAUACAACAUGUACAGAGUUUUAAAACCAAGGAAGAAAGGAAGUCAAUUAAUGACAUUUUUAAACAUGACAUGCUAAGUAAACCAGAUCCUCAGCGCUGUGAUUUUUCAAAACAUCACCUUGGUUCUCUUGCCGAGUCAUACCUACCGAAGUCGGAUAUCCAGGACUGCAAAGAUAAAAUAAGUGAAAAAAGGUCACUGCAGCACUCCCAUGUGCCCACUUUAUUGGCAGAUUUUUAUUCAUCACCUCAUCUGCACAGCCUUUAUAGGCACACAGAACACCACCUUAAUAAUGAACAGACAUCAAAGUACCUCCCCCGGGACAUGUUCAGAGAGUCUGAAAAUAUUUCUACUUUUACCCAACACAAACACCAAGAAAAACUAAAUUUAAAUUAUCACCCAUCUUUGCAUCAGCAAGAAAAAAAGGCAACAGUGGAUGCUUCUUCAGAUGAUCAGCCAACAGAUUUGAGUCUUCCAAAGAGCAUACACAAACAGCCUGCUAAGGUUCCAGGCUCCAUUCUCCCUCACUCAUCCACAGCCCAGCAAGAAUGCAAAAGGAUCUCCCCAUUCCAGGCUGGAAGUAGCCAGGCAGUGAGCCUAGACUGUAAUCCCAAAGCUUGCCGCGUGUUCCCUAUAGCAUUGACAGCCCCGAAAAAACACAAUGAGUUGCUCCAUAGGUCUGGGAAGCAGCAGACCCAAAGGCUGGAGAACCUGAGAAAGAUGGAGGGGAUGGUGCAUCCUAUCAUCAGCCGCAGAACGAGCCCUCAAAACAUGGGGGCUACUCGGCCUCUGAAGCGGAGCCUGGAGGAUUUGGACAAAGUGAUUUCUGAAAAAAAAAUCCGAGCUGUCUCUCCUAUUCACUUACCAAAGGAGACCCCAGUGAAAGACAAGGUUCCCGACCAAGAGGGGGAAAGUAGCAAGUCAGUGCAUGGCCUCCAUUCUGGCAGCAUGCUGGAAAGCCACAAAUUUCCCCUAUCAGCCCCCAUCUUCCCAGGCUUGUAUCCAGGAAGCCUGUGCACGGGGCUGAACAAUCGCCUCCCACCUGGUUAUUCUCAUCCCCUGCAGUACUUGAAAAAUCAGACCAUGCUAUCCCCACUAAUGCAGCCUUUGGCUCUUCACUCCUUCAUGGUGCAGAGACAAUUCCUCACAUCCCCUGCAAACUCCCAGCAACUGUACAGACACUUAGCUGCAGCAACACCUGUAGGAAGUUCCUAUGGUGACCUUUUGCAUAACAGCAUUUAUCCUUUAGCUGCUAUAAACCCUCAAGCUGCAUUUCCACCUUCCCAACUAUCCUCUGUACAUCCCAGCACAAAACUGUGAAUGUCCUCUCUCACAAAAAAAGGUCUGAGGAGAAAAGUUCAGUUUGCGACAUUCCUCCCCCUGUGACAAUGUCUCACAGAUUUAGCCAUCUGUAUUUUUGUCAACCAGGAUGCAGUCAUAUCCUGCCUUGGAGUUUGAUGGAGACAGGACUGCUUCUUUAAUUCUGGUGCCCACAUCAGCCCCCUCACCCUCUUUCCCUAUGCUUACAAAAAAACCCCAACAAACAGAAGACAAAAAGAAGAAAAAAAAAAAGAGAAACAGAACAAAAAAGAAUUUUUGGGAUUUUGCAUAUGUGUUUUGUGAAAGGACUUGAACAUGGUAAGAGCAGAUGUUCAAAGGGAGCCGUGGAAACACCGGCCCAGUCCUGAGCUCACUGAAACCCCAGUGAGGGCUGCAUUUGCCUUUCACUGAGGGAAGGACCAGAGGCUGUGCAUUGGUGCAAAUGAGUCAAGGACUUCAAGUGAACCUGGAAAAAGAAGUAGGCCGAGAGUCUGUACAAUCAGUGGAUGUACUUUUUUGGGUAACUUUUCCUGACUUUUAAAGAUUCAAUCAAUGCAAUGUAUAGUAAAACGGCAAUAGAUUUUUUCAUUUUAACACUAUUAGAACAGAAUGGUAAACACUGUUUAAUUUGACUGUACAUAUCCACUUCAUAAACUACCAGUGUCACAUUUGAUCACAAUAAUUUAUAUAGUUUUGUUUGUCCAGUAUAUUCUGUGCUCUUUAUGUUUGUUUUUUUGUUUUGGGUUUGUUUGUUUUUUUUAAAUUAAACAGUAUCAUUUUAUCUGCAA